CUGGAGACCGGGAAUCUCCUCCGCUCUACCUUCCCUCCUGCCUCCCCCCCGCGCCGUGAGGCAGCAGGAACAGCCAUCGCCGCGGAGCCUGAGGGAGGGCGGAUCAGCCUGGGAGGGUUCAUCCCGCUGUCUCUGAGGUGGCUCGUCCCGCUGCUCUCCACCAGUACAUGUUACCAUGGCGAUGACUGCAGGGACCACAACAUCCUUUCCCAUGAGCAACCACACCCGGGAGAGAGUCACAGUGGCCAAACUCACCCUGGAGAACUUCUACAGCAACCUCAUCAUCCAGCAUGAGGAGAGGGAGACCAGGCAGAAGAAGCUGGAAGUGGCUAUGGAAGAGGAAGGCCUUGCAGAUGAGGAGAAAAAGCUGCGCAGGUCCCAACACGCUCGCAAGGAAACAGAGUUUCUGAGGCUGAAGAGGACCAGACUUGGCCUGGAUGACUUUGAGUCUUUGAAAGUUAUAGGAAGAGGAGCAUUUGGGGAGGUACGCCUGGUUCAGAAGAAGGACACAGGUCAUAUUUAUGCAAUGAAGAUCCUACGAAAAGCAGAUAUGCUGGAGAAAGAGCAGGUGGCCCAUAUCCGAGCAGAAAGAGAUAUUUUGGUUGAAGCAGAUGGAGCCUGGGUAGUGAAAAUGUUUUACAGCUUUCAGGAUAAAAGGAAUCUUUAUCUGAUCAUGGAGUUCUUACCUGGAGGAGACAUGAUGACCUUGCUGAUGAAGAAAGACACCUUGUCAGAGGAGGAGACACAGUUCUACAUCUCUGAAACUGUGCUGGCCAUAGAUGCCAUUCACCAGCUGGGAUUUAUCCACAGGGAUAUUAAGCCAGACAACCUUCUGCUGGAUGCCAAGGGUCAUGUAAAGCUGUCUGAUUUUGGGCUCUGCACAGGUCUAAAGAAAGCUCACAGGACAGAGUUCUACAGGAACCUCACCCACAACCCACCAAGUGACUUCUCAUUUCAGAAUAUGAACUCCAAGAGGAAAGCAGAAACGUGGAAGAAGAACAGGCGACAGCUGGCCUAUUCCACUGUUGGAACCCCAGACUAUAUUGCACCAGAAGUGUUUAUGCAGACUGGGUACAACAAGCUGUGUGACUGGUGGUCUUUGGGAGUGAUUAUGUAUGAAAUGUUAAUAGGGUAUCCACCUUUCUGCUCAGAAACCCCACAGGAGACUUACAGGAAAGUCAUGAACUGGAAAGAAACGUUGGUAUUUCCUCCAGAGGUGCCCAUUUCGGACAAAGCCAAGGAUUUAAUCCUAAGGUUUUGUACUGACUCGGAAAACAGAAUUGGUAGCAACGGAGUAGAGGAAAUAAAAAGUCAUCCCUUUUUUGAAGGAGUAGACUGGGGACAUAUCAGGGAAAGACCAGCUGCAAUCCCGAUAGAAAUCAAAAGUAUUGAUGAUACUUCCAAUUUUGAUGAAUUCCCUGAGUCUGAUAUUUUACAGCCAGUGCCAAACACAACGGAGCCUGACUACAAAUCCAAAGACUGGGUUUUCCUCAAUUACACCUACAAGAGGUUUGAAGGGCUUACUCAGCGUGGCUCCAUCCCUUCCUACAUGAAAGCUGGGAAAUUGUGAGGCAGGACAUGAACCCCCAGAAGGAAUUGAAACCACAAACCUCAGGUAGUGCAUCACCAGACCCGCUUGGCGUUCGUUAUCAACACAUUGACUCUGGUGCGCAUCGACUUCACGUGGAAAUUCUACAGGAUUAGGAUUUCUGAGACUACUACAGGAAUUAGUUGGCAGUGCCAGCUGGCUUGGUUUUCAUUUUGCUUUGUUUUCUUUUUUCUUUUUUCUUUUUUUUUUUUUAAAUAUUUGAAUAUUUUUGUUAACUUUAUUAUACAAAGGUACUGGAAUAAAAGGAACGUGCAUCCCUUUUCCUGCACUGCCUAUGUGUGGAUAACGGUUAAUGCUGCCUCUCUGUACUGUGGCUUUGUUUGUACUGUAAACCAUCUAAUCCACCCAGGAGGGAAAACAUAUCAUUUGGUGCAGCGUUAUUGUUGGCCUGCUCACCUGCUGGGGUUUAGAUAUGCAGUAUGAAAAAAAAUAAAAUUGCCCACAUUUGCCAACUUCUCUGAGCUCGAGGGUUUUCCAUUUGUGGGCUGCAGAUACCCCAUGGAAUUAUUUUAAAUAGCAGUGUCCUGCUUCUGCUCUCAUUUUCCCCCCAGUCUAGGACUUUAUCAGCCCAUCAUCCCUUCCUUUUCCCACUGUGUGUGGCAGUGGGAUCUGUGGUCUGUGUAGGGGCAUUUCUGAUUUCGGUAGUGGUAUUUCUGAUGGAUAUUGCUGCUCAUGGUGGUGAUGCCUGCUGGCAGCUCCAGGAGAAUAGAGGAAUCUGAAUAGAAACGAGCAAGAUGUUGUUUAACAGAAGGGAAACAUUCUGAUAUACAAAGUUUUGAAGGGAUGGUGGAGUUUCUAGGACUGCAUUCCUGCCUCUGCUGUAUAGCACAUCAUCUUAGUGCUGCUCAUAAUUCAAGCACCCUUUUCUCUCUGUGCAAAAUGUACUCUAGAAAAGUGAUCAAAUUGGGGCUUUUUCUUUUUUUCUUCUCCCUAAGAAGUUCCAGGCAGAAGGAAUCCUUUUCUUUCCAGAAUGCCCUGGAGCAGCUUCUGCCCAACUAGAGGAAGUGGAGUGUCCCAGGAGGCUCAGACUCUCCAGUGGGCUCUGUCUCCUUGUAGUGUCUCCCUCUAAUUGUGGCCAUGGGAUGAACACCAGUGAAAGGCACCCUAAAACCUCUGCAGCCCCUUCAGAUUGAAGCACAGGAUGUUUGGGCAUCCAGUAGGAAAGACUUCAUUAGUCUGGCUUUUGCAGCAAUAUGAAAGUGACUGUUGGAAAGCCAAUAGAGAAAUACUUAUUGCUGUAUCAGCUGUUCUGAAGGACCUGUAUGCUUUGGAAACACACUGUGGGGGUUCAUCUGCUGCCUAAGAGACCAUUUACCAGCAAGAUUUCUGUGCAUCAGUGCCUUUCUGAUGUGCAGGUAGCCUUUCCUGAUCCAGCUAGGUUCCCUGAUCCAGCUGCUGGGUUCAUCCAGGGCUUCAGUGAUGUCUUUCCUCCAGUGUUUCGUCUCCCUUCAACCAUCUCAUAUCUGUUCUUUAUACAAAAAAAGCUUCAGUCUCCAGCUCAUCCACGAAGAGCAGCCAGUGCCUCAGGGCCCAGAGUUUACACAGGGUUAUAUUUGAACAUACCUAAGCUAAACUUUUGCCUCAGUGCUGGACCUAGGUGGGAACAGCUCAUGGAUCUCCCAGAUUUUCUUCCCAGACCUUGUGCUAAUUAACGCCCCUUUACUGCUCUUGGGACAAGGUCUCUCAGAAAUUCUCCAGUGUGCUGAAGCUCAACCUGUGGCCAUCCAAAGACUGUCCAAAAACAAUGACUUUCUUAAAUCCACCCUCCAGACUUCAUCCUGCCAGUGCCCCAACAGCUCCUGAGGCUUCUCAGGAAAGGAAAUGCCUUUUCAAAGGCCUUCAGUUCAAGGCAGAGGAGCUCAGGCAGAAAACACCCGAGAUGAAACUUGGCCCCAAAAGGACACUGCUAUUCAAAACAAUUUUUCUUGGGUUUCAUUUCCAGGCUCGUUCCUGGGGCACUGUGUGCACUGGAAUUGGAAUUCCUGCAAGCACCACCUUAAAAAAGCCCACACUGACCCUUUUAACAUGACCUAAAAACAAGUCUUUGCUUGGACUUGCUAUGACAAGUAUCAUGGAAACUGCAAAUGCUCAGUGAUACUGGUGAUCUGGUUUUUUUUCCUGUGGGGUUUGGGGAAGGGCAGAUAAAUACACAGUUUAAAGCUAUCUAUUAAACAACUAUGUCUGUACAUACUCACUGGUUUACAAACUCGGGCAAAAGCUCACCCCUCUAUUUGUAACACUCAAGGUAAUACUACUCAUUUAAAACUGCAGAUGAUUAAUCAUAUCAGUGCUCACAUAGGAGUUAUAUCCAUAGGGAAACAGCCUGCAGCCUAUCUAGCAUAAACUCCUGUAUUGUGGUAGUUGAUUUUUUUAAUUAUUUUUUUUUAAACAUAGCAUUAUUUUAAUCAGUAAGUCAAGUUAAACAAUAUUAACUGCUGCUUUUAGGAUGAUAGGGGUUUGGUUUUUUUAAAGGUGAAACUGUGACACUAUAAUGGAUUAAAGAGAACAGCAGGUUAUUGUACACUGGCUUUCAAGAAAAAGUGGAAGUACAACAUAUCCUUUGUUAUUUUUGUCUGAUUCCUUUGGAUGGUUGUGUGUUUUCCUUUGGUGAAGUUUGUCACUGUGCCAUUUAUUUUUCUUAUUCUUGGAGUACCAAAGAUCCUGAAAUGGCUUGAUGAUUGCAACCAUGUGAAAAUUUAUUUUCUGGGAGUCUGUUUUUGUUAAACUUUUGUUAAAACGUGGAAUUGUUGUAUGCAAAUCGUUAGCAGAGCUUUGCUGGGAAGUUUAACCUAUUCCAGCAGGGAAAACUUGAGUGCAUCGAUGGAGGUGAAGAGCCUGGAUCUGAAUUCCCUGGAACUGGGGAGGAAGCUUGGAUUGGGAGCUGCAGCUGCGGUUUUGCACUUCGUGCCAUCUCCAACCAGCGGGAGUGAGUGGCCUUAGGUACAGGACAUCAGCAAGGCUUGUUUGGAGUGCAGAAGGAGUUUACAAAAGGAAAACUUGCCAGCAUUCAGAAAUCCAGUGUUGCACUGUUGAAUUUGCCUUGCUGGAGAGUUACAUAAGUGUUCUUUUUAUAGGUCAGUUGUUAAACACCUGAGCCGUUGGAUUCAGUAUGGAAAACAGCCCCGGAGGGGGGAAGUUCCCCAGAGGGCAGGGAUGUGGCGUCUCCUUCCCAAGAGGGGACAAUCCCCCUGUGCCACAGCCAGCAGGGAAUGCUGCAGUUUAGCCAGUGAAUGCUUAGGAAGUGCUCUCACUUGCUCAGUCCCACAGGCAUUGUAACACACUGUACCUUGUCCUUCCAGCACGGGAUCUCACAGCAACUCGUCCUCGGAGUCGAAAUGGCAACUGCUCUAUUUUUCCUAGACUGUUUCAUUAGCUGUGGUUGGGAAAGUUACAUAGAAGCAUUAUAAAAAUUUAUAUGAGGCUUUUUACAGCAUUUGAAAAUAAAAGUAGCAUUCUUUUUGUAAA